UAAAAUAAUAAGAGUAACAAACAAAGAAGCGAGAAAAGAGAGAACAAAAAACCGAUCGAGCUUCCAUUCCAAACAAAAAGAAGCAGAAGAAGAAGAAGAAGAAGAAUAAGAUGGAGCUCCAGCAGCACCAACCAAAUGUCUCACCUUAAUCUUCGCAAUAUUUACGAAAAUGGGACUGUGCCACUCAAAGCCCAACAUUUCAGAAGAAACCGGUGCCGGUACCGAAACCGAAACAGAAAAGCCCUCCUCCGCUACAGCCAACAAUGCAAACGAAACCGAACAGCAGGUGAAGGAAAAAGAUGAUUCUGAUAUCGGGAAGCGGUCGCCGUUCUUCCCGUUCUACAGCCCGAGCCCGGCCCACCACUUCUUCUCGAAGAAAUCCCCGGCCCCGAAUGCGAGCUCGAACUCGACGCCGCGUCGGUUCUUCAAGCGCCCGUUCCCACCUCCGUCGCCAGCUAAGCAUAUAAGGGCGGUGCUGGCAAGGCGGCACGGGUCCGUGAAGCCGAACGAGGCGUCGAUACCGGAAGGAGCUGAGGCGGCCGGGCUCGAUAAGACCUUCGGGUUCUCGAAGCAUUUCGGGAACAAGUAUGAGAUUGGGGACGAGGUCGGCCGAGGGCAUUUUGGCCAUACAUGCGCCGCCAGGUUUAAGAAAGGUGAGCUCAAGGGCCAGCAGGUUGCCGUUAAGGUCAUCCCAAAAGCCAAGAUGACUACAGCCAUUGCCAUAGAGGAUGUCAGAAGGGAAGUAAAAAUCUUGAGAGCUUUGACAGGACAUAGCAAUCUAGUGAAGUUUUAUGAUGCAUAUGAAGAUCAUGACAAUGUCUAUAUUGUAAUGGAGUUAUGUGAAGGAGGGGAGCUUUUGGAUAGGAUACUUUCAAGAGGUGGAAAAUACUCAGAAGAUGAUGCGAAGGAUGUCCUGGUACAGAUAUUGAACGUGGUUGCAUUUUGCCAUCUCCAGGGUGUGGUUCACCGAGAUCUGAAACCAGAGAAUUUCCUUUUCACUUCCAAGGAUGAGAACUCCCAAUUGAAGGUCAUAGACUUCGGCCUAUCAGAUUUUGUCAAACCAGAUGAAAGGCUUAAUGACAUUGUAGGAAGUGCAUAUUAUGUGGCGCCUGAAGUUCUACAUAGGUCUUACACUACAGAAGCUGAUGUAUGGAGUAUUGGUGUGAUUGCAUAUAUUCUUCUAUGUGGGAGCCGCCCAUUUUGGGCCCGUAGUGAAUCUGGUAUCUUUCGGGCUGUCCUAAAAGCUGACCCGAGUUUUGAUGAACCACCUUGGCCUUCCCUGUCUUCUGAAGCAAAAGAUUUUGUCAAACGCUUGUUGAUUAAAGAUCCACGCAAAAGAAUGACUGCUGCGCAGGCCCUCGGCCAUCCUUGGAUUAGAAACUACAAUGACGUUAAAGUACCCCUGGAUAUUCUAAUAUUGAAGCUCAUGAAGGCCUACAUCCGUUCAUCAUCUUUGCGUAAGGCUGCUUUGAGGGCUCUGUCAAAGACACUGACCAUUGAUCAGCUCUUUCAUCUGAAGGAGCAGUUUACACUAUUGGAGCCGAACAAAAAUGGGUGCAUCUCUCUAGAGAACAUCAAGAUGGCCUUGUUGAAAAAUGCAACUGAUGCAAUGAAAGAGUCCCGCAUUCAUGAUUUUCUUACUUCGCUUAGUUCUCUUCAAUAUAGAAAAAUGGAUUUUGAAGAGUUCUGUGCAGCUGCACUAAGUGUGCAUCAAUUCGAAGGACUGGAUAGGUGGGAGCAACAUGCUCGUUGCGCAUAUGAGCUUUUUGAGAAGGAUGGUAACAGGGCAAUUGUUAUUGAAGAACUUGCGUCGGAACUCGGUCUUGGUCCUUCGGUCCCUGUUCAUGCAGUUCUCCAUGACUGGAUUAGGCAUACUGAUGGGAAGCUGAGCUUUCUCGGAUUUGCUAAAUUAUUACAUGGUCUAUCCAGUCGGUCACUUGCAAAGGCCCAGUAGAUGGUUACAAUGCAGGAACUCUUUGAGCAACCGGUUCCCUCUUGUAGGUCGA